GCGGAACUGCAGAUCAACUUUGGAGCGAUUCCAAACCCUGUCCAGUCUCCUUGUAUUCCUGCUCCUCGCCAACUUCUUGCGCCAUGUACCGGAUGCCUUGGAGCGGAGGGGGACACACUCCCGGUUUCUACGACAGCAGUUUGGUGUUGCGGAGGAAUGCCCUCUUGUACCCCUCCCCCGGAACCGCUGAAAUACCAGCCCCCCAGCCGUUCCCGGGACCAGCCGGCCUGUUUGAAGACCUGCGCUUCCCUGCGGCCAACUCCUCGCUCCAUGGCCCAUCAGGGGUGUCGCGAUAUAACAUUACCAUUACGCGGUGGAUGAGGCCACGGGAAAUGUGUGCCAAUCCUCAGUUUAUUGUUGAUGGAGCCACUAGAACAGACAUCUGCCAGGGAGCCUUGGGUGACUGCUGGUUUCUGUCAGUCAUUGCCUGCCUCAGUCUCAAUAAGCAGGUGAUGGAACAGGUCAUACCCCCUGACCAGGGCUUCGGGGAAGGUUACACGGGCUGUUUCCGCUUCAAGUUCUGGCAGUAUGGGCAGUGGGUUGAGGUUGUGGUGGACGAUCGGUUACCCACCAUUAACAACAAGUUGGCGUUCCUUUAUUCCAAAGACAACAAUGAGUUCUGGAGCCCACUCCUGGAGAAAGCUUGUGCCAAGCUGAAGGGCUCCUAUGAGUCUCUCUACAUUGGUUACCCAUUAGAAGCGAUGGUUGAUCUCACUGGGGGAGCUCCUGAAUCAUUUCAGAUCAAUGAGAUGCCAAAAGAUCUUUGGAAAUUCCUGAGAAAGCUGCUAGAGAAAGGCUCAAUAAUUUGCUGUGCUAAACCGGGGCCAGUGGGUAUACUAAAUGAACAAGGCAUCGUAACUGGACAUGCAUAUUCAGUGACUGGUGUAGACCAGGUUCAGGUGAAGACCAACAGAAUAGAGUUGGUGCGAGUUCGCAAUCCGUGGGGGAGAGUCGAGUGGAACGGGGCUUGGAGUGACGGGUCUGCAGAGUGGAGCCAAGUCACUGACACAAACCGUAGGCAGAUGGUACACCUGGAAGAUGGAGAGUUUUGGAUGUCAAUUGAGGACUUCAAGAAGAAUUUUGGGAAUGUGGAGAUUUGCCACUUGAGUCUGUGUCAGCUGUCUAACCCUGAUGGGAAGCUGAAACCCUGGGUGCAGAUGGUGUACGAGGGUCGCUGGAUCCGGGGCUUCUCAGCUGGAGGCAACUUGUAUUACAAAGAUAAGUACUACUGGAUGAACCCACAGUUCAAACUCACCCUUUUCGAAGAAGAUGAUGAUCCUGAUGACCCUGAGGUGACCUGCACCUUCCUGGUGGUCUUGAUGCAGAAACACAGGCGGCGGAUGCGGCUUACAGGAGUUAACUUCCUGUAUAUUGGCUUUGAUAUCUUUAAGGGAGACCCUACAAAAGCUUUCUUGACCCAUGAGGAUUUACAAGAAGCAUCACCAGUGCUCUCUGUAAAGGAGCACAAAAACAGCACUGAGGUCAUGAUGCGAGGCUGCCUACCACCAGGCCACUACGUCAUCAUCCCAUCAACUGCCAAUCCCAACGAAGAGGGAGAAUUCCUUUUGCGAGUCUUCACUGAGAAGGGUAACAUCGCUGAGCCUGCAGAGCGGAACACCUCAUCCACUGAGAAUCCUCAGGGUCUACCAAUCCUUGCACCCUGCCCACUUCCCUCUGCUGCAGAAUCCAAGGAACUGUUUGACAGGAUCUGUGGACCGGAUGAAGCUAUUUCAGCAUUGGAGCUACAGAAACUACUGGCAGAAAUCCUACAGAAAGCUGGUCUUAAUGAAAAAUGGGAUGAGUUUGGUCUGGAUGCCUGCAAGAGCCUCAUUUCCCUGACAGAUAGACGUGGUUUUGGAAAAAUGGGAUUCACAGAAUUCAGUAAUCUCUGGAGUAAAAUCUGCCAAUGGACACGAGUUUUCAAUCAGUUCGAUAAGGAUGGAUCAGGGACCAUGAACAGUCAGGAAAUGUUCAGCGCCUUGCAAGCAGCAGGAUUCCAGGUGGAUGAGUUCUUGAUGCAGCUGAUUGGGCUGAGGUACACAGACCCCGAUCUGACCUUCAGUUAUGUGACAUUCAUUUGCUGUCUGACAAAGCUGGACACAAUGAUCCAGCUUGGGAGCUGGCAGCAAUGGCAUUGGCAGUGGCAAGCAAGCCCAGCGCGGACUCGUGGCGGUCGGCAUGUAGGCCCAGCGCGGACUCGUGGCGGUCGGCAUGUAGGCCCAGCGCGGACUCGUGGCGGUCGGUAAGCAGGCCCAGCGUCAGAGAGAGUUUGGGUACAUCAAUGAAAAGGUCCUAGUGCCAACUCAUGGCUGCUGUGGUGGAAGCAAGUUUGGGUUCCCGGCAGCCUCUGUGUCCGGUGCAGAUUCAUGGAGAUGGAGGCGAGUUUGAGAUUAGUACGAGACCCUGCGGCAUUGGUAGCGGCUACAUCGGCCACAUGGGCCCGAAGCAGUCUCAUGGUGUCGGCAGAGUCGGGUUUGGGCCAGUGUGGUACCUGGCGUCGGUGGCAUCUGCAUUGGCGAAGUGCAGCAAGGACUCCUAGUGGCGAGGGCAUCGAUGCAGGCGAGAUGGCACCAGAGAGGGGUGACUUCCAUUCCAGCAGCAGCUGCUCAGUGAACUGACUUGUGCCAGGCUGUCGGGCCAUGGCAAAGCACUGAACAAGAAGGACCGUAAAGUUGAACAACUUUUCUUUACUCUUCUGCAUUUAUAUUCUAUAUUUUGGUUUAUUUUUCUGUGUUUUAAGAUGGCACUGGAAAGUGGUGACACUAUACAACACUUUUCACUAUAUUUUGUAACAAAAUACACAUGACAAUAAAUAAAUCAAAUUAACUUGCCAGGUUUCCCCAUACCAAUAGUGACUGCACUUCAGAAAGUACCUCAUUGGAUGUCCUGAGGUCAUGUAAAGCUCUGUAAGAGUCUCUCUUCCUUAACUGUCAUCUCUUUGCAAUGCAUUGCAAGCUCCUUAAUAUCUCCCGAAAGCCCUGGAACCAUCAAGUAGGUCUUUGACUUAACAUCUAACCCAAAGAAUGUGACCCCUCUCCUAGCUUUACAUGCAAUCUCUGAGUUACAAAGGCUGCCAUUAGACACUAAGAAAAUGUCAGAAAACCAAAUGCUUUAGAAAAGAGAUAAGAAAGAAAAACUGCAAGUGGCGGAAAUGCAAAGUCAAAUCAGAAAAUGCUGGGAAUAGUCAGCAACUGAAUCAGCAUUGAAAGGAGAUAAGGUGAAUUAGUGUCUUGGGUGGAACCACUGAUCUAUAAUCUCGCUCAAACAGUCUACCUAUCAGAUGGUGACUGACUUGCUUUGCAUUUCCGGCAAUUUUCUGGUUUAUAUCCUGGAUGUUUUGAAACCAUUCUGUGUGAGAGUGGCUUGGUGGAAUGUACUGGAUCAAAACUAUGUCUUCUAGUCAGAUAUUUGCUAAGGAUUCUUAGACUAGACACCACAUCAUUCUGUGGCCUGGGUGUUUACAAUUAUAAACGUGAUAUAAAAGGAAAUUUCUUUUCAGUUGAGGUGAUAUGAAUAUUGUGCAUAAAUCUGUUAAUAUUGUAAGACACCAAGUGAACUCUAGGGAACGAUGUUGUUUGAUGUAAAGAAAUACUGAAUUUGUAUAGCACCUUUCACAACCACUGGACAUCCCAGAGAUGUUAAAGCCAAUUAAUUAUUUUUUGAAGUGUUAUACUGUUGCAGUGUAGGAGGUCUGGCAAUUAACUUGCACUUAACAAAUCUCCACUAGCAGCAAUGUGAUGAUGCACCAGAUAAUGUUUUUUCUGAUGUUGAUUUAUGGGAUAAAUAAUGGCCGGGAUACCAGGGAACACUUCCCUGCAGUUCUCCACGGUGCCUCAUGAUCCUUUACAUCCAUUCGAGCAGGCAGAUGGGGUCUCAAUUCAACAACUCAUCUGAAAGAUAGCACUCUCUGACAGCACAAUAUUCCCUCAGUACUGCAGAGCUUCAUUGAAAUGUCAGCUUAGAUUUUUGUACUCCAGCUGGAUUCGGCAUAUAAAUGGAGUGGCAAUAAGCGGGCCAGAGUUGAAGAAUCCUGCAAUGAGUAAUUCACCUCCUGAUUCUCCAAAGUCUGUCGAUCAUCUACAAGGAGUGCGAUGGAUUACUCCCCACUUGCUUGGAUGAGCACAGCUCCAACAACACUCAAAGUUUGACACCAUCUAGGACAAAGCAGCCCCUGAUCCACAAUCAUCCACUCCUCUGCCAUUGAUACUUAGCAGCAGCAGUGUGUACCAUCUGAAGAUGCGCUGCAGAAAUUCACCAAAGCUGCUGAGACAGCACCUUACGAACUGAGAGAGUUUUUCUGAAGAAGGGUCCAGACCGGAAACGUCAGCUUUCCUGCUCCUCUGAUGCUGCUUGGCCUGCUGUGUUCAUCCAGCUCUACACCUGGUUAUCUCACCUUACAAACUGACAAGCAUUUCCAUCUCGAAGGAUAAGAGCAGCAGAUACACAGGAACACCACCACUUCCGAGUUCCCCUUCAAGCCCCUCACCA